UUGUUGCUGUUGCCUGUUAACGCCGCUUGAAUGUCGUUACUUUACUGUAGUGUGGAGUAUAAUGGUGAAACAAUCAGUCUUUCUACGGGUCAAGAGACAUUUGUGAGUGAUUGAGAAGCUUCCCUUGCUUCCAGCAAUGUCGAGCCCCUCUACUACCCACUUAACUUUACCGCAUUGGGACGGGGGCUCUCGGAAAAUUCGCUUUAUUCAGCUGGUGAAUCUGACAUCGUUCAGACUGACGGACUGCUCCAACAAGAGUCCAGUGGUUCCUCUCUUUUUAGGCGCUGAUCUGUUUUCCAACACAGACAUUCGCACAGAGAACCAUCCCAGAUACCAUGCCAAGUUUGCCAAGAAAGGCUUUGCAACGAAAAUACAUUUUUCCUCAGCGUUCAGGUUCCAUGGGCUGAAGGUAUCUACUGCAAACAACAGCCUCUGGUUCUACAGCGUUCAAGGACUUUUCCGAGUAGCGUUCGAGAUGUACAGUAAGCAGGAGCAGCUUGAUGUGCUUGAGAACUUCCAGGAUGUUUGGAAAUCCCAGAUAAAUGACAGCCCUCUGAAAACGAGUUACAGCCUCAGUGUGCAGCUGGACAACGCUCCGUCCAGCAGCCUGCAGGAUACAGAAUCCAGGAGGGAAAUGUCACAACCUCAGCAUCGCCAGUUUGGUAGGGAAUCGAUGGAUGUAUAUAGCAGUGAAACAGUUGAUGCAUCAGCAGAUCACGACUACUGUUCUUUUCCUAAACAGACAUUGCAAACAGAGCACAGCCAACUUGUUGUUUCGACAGUGAGAGAGAAAUUACAGAGCUUGGAUGACAAACUCUCCUCUGUGACUCACAGCUACACAGACCAGCUGGAGACUAUCUUGCUGCUUUUGGAGAACAUUGAGCGGUACAUGAAUGGGAAUCUAGAAGAAAAGGAUGUAACAGACACGGUCAUAGCCCUACUAAAGGCCAAAGACUGGGGCAGUGUGUAUUCAAGUUCCCUGCUCUGUGGUGUAGGACGGUGGCUAGGCCAGCAGUUUCACGCAGCCAACGGCAGCAUCAGCCAGAGAGUGGAGGACUUUAAAGUUCAGCACAUUGAGCGGAUUAGUGACUUGCCACCUGCUGAGGAACUAGUGACAGAGCUUUUCCCAGAAGCCAUGCAGACUCUGCUGCUACAUUGGAUGGGUUUAAGUGAGGAGUCCACUGUGGAGAAGAGACACAGCGAGUUCCCCAUCCUGCUCCUCAUCCUCGAGUUCGCCAACCACAACCUCAUCACCGGUGUUGCUCAUGUGCUGUACUCCAGUCUUAUAUGUAAAUAGGAGAUUUUCAUUUCGGCGUAAACACCAAGAAUUUAACUGAACCUUUUUUUACCAGUAUUCUAAUAAAUAUCUAUUUUUGUAUAUGAAA